AUGCAGGCAUAUUCUUUUUGGUUAACUCGAAUGUUCCUUACGCGUGCUUUGCGGGGGAACUUAAAUCUCCCGCAUUGGAAUCGACGGGUCUGGGAGAUCGGCUACGGCGGACCGCCACUGCCCAAGAAGAAAGCAACCGGACGACCAGACUAUCCAGUGUCGUCUGCUCAAGUGGCCGUGUUGCGUAAGCGAUUUGAUAGAGAGUGGAAUUUGAUGAAGUUUUUGUGCAGGCCAUACAUCACAUCGGAAGUGGAAGCUGACUAUUUCGCAAUGAAAAACGUUACUGGGCUCAAUGAGAUUCGCUCCAAGGAACAAGCAAGAUUGGAGGCAGAGAGGAUGCCAGGAAAGUUGAAACGAACGGAGGGCUCAAGGAAUGCUGUUAGGCGACGCGCAAACAUUGGAAAUGUUCUUCACUCUCAUAAAACGGUAGAGGACUCCUUAACCGAAUUAAUAAAUAGAAAUCGUUGGGAUUAG